ACACAGAAGGAUUCUUCAGCCAAAGAAAAAUUGUUAGACCAGGACAGGAUGCCAACUCCCUUUAACACAUUCUCUUAGGACAGGAGUAUCAAGGGUGGAAAAAUUCUCCAAGAACCCAAAGCAACAACCAACCUGGAGUAACUGGGACAAAUAGUAGAAAUGGAGAUCCAGAAGAAUAAAUGCCAUAAGAAGAGCUGGGAUGAGGAAAUGAAGGAAUUAUUCCAACAGUUGAGACAACAGCAGGCAUAUUCUCCAGAUCUGAAAAUGUCACAUCUGAAACCCUCUAAACCAUCUUAUGUGCUUGAGCCUCAAAGAUUAAGGGAACCCCGCUUGUUCCGAAUUUGGGAUAUUAGCCAGAAAUUCCUCUUUAUGGUUAACAGCAUGCUGAUAGCAAACCCCCUGGAUUUCAAUUCACCAGAAGUCUGGAUGGCUGUGCUCCCCAAUAAUGCCUUAGAUCCAAGAAAGCAACCCAUCUUUAUGGGCCUCAACGAUGGAUUGCAUACUCUGUCUUGCACAUUGUCUAGCGAGGGUCAACCUCAAAUACACUUAGUGGAGAGAAACCUUAUGGAGCUAUACAAUCAAAACCAGAAGUUUUUGGACUUCAGUUUUUACAGCAAGAUGGAUGGCAGCUCAGAAACCUGCUCUUUUGAAUCUGCCCAGUUCCCUGGUUGGUUCAUAAGUACUUCUUCUGAACCCAAUAAACCUAUCAAUCUCGGUCAAAAAGGAGGAACAGACAUUACCCUUUUUUAUUUUGAAACAAGUGAGAGGAAGGAAAAAGCGGAACUUGUCAUCACUAGAAUUAUUUAAGGGGAAUGCCUAUUUCAGGUUUUAUGGGAAAUGUAAGUUUGUUAGUAAGUAAAAGUUUCAGUUUUAUACAGUUGAGGCUGUUUUUAGCAGAUUGAGCAAUUUUUUUUGGAAUUUCUCAGGUCAUAAGACACUUAAGCAAUGCCCGCUUUUUCAUUUAUCAUCAUUAUUCUUUGCUAAACAAUAAAAAUAGAAUAAUA